AAUCUGUUUUUGGAUUGGUUUUGGUAUGCGGCGUCACUGAGUGAAUGUCAUUGGAUUUAUAAAUACAAUCAGCUCCAGAAAUAGGUGGCUACAGGUUUUCCAGGCGUACCGACUAAAAUAAAAUAGCCUGGAUUCGGUUAACAAUAAUAUUGUCUUAUUGUCUGCCGGGCGUUCGGGUUUAGCGCGACUCGCUUAUCGAUAUUUCGCUAUAAAACCGUAGUUUCUUUUGAUUAAUUAUGGACGAAGAUGAUGCCCAACAGUUUUCUUUGCGAUGGCAUAACCACCAGAUACACUGAGGACCGUGUUAUCUGAAGCUACACUGUUUCUAGUCAUUGGACACACCUAUACAAAUGACAAGUGUGGUCGGCGCUCUGGGGCGGAUGCUAGCGACGGGGGCCCUGAGUGACGUGACGCUAAGCGCGAGUGGCGCCUCGCUUCGAGCUCAUCGACUCGUGCUAGCGGCUUGCAGUCAAUACUUUGCGCAAUUGUUUAAGGAAGUGGAAACCGACAAUCACACCCUGGUGGUGGUGCUGGGCUGCGACGCGGCGGAGCUGCGGUUGCUACUCACGUUCAUGUACACGGGCGAGGUGACGGCGUCGCGCGAGUGUCUGCCGGCGCUGCUGCGGCUUGCGCACACGCUGCAGGUGUCCGGACUCACGGACGCCGACACGAAUAACCUACCACAACCUUUCCAAGAGCCAAACGAACCAGAGUCACCUAUCAACCUUGAAAAGACAAAUAUUCCUCCGCAUCAUGCCAAAAAUGAAACAAUCGAUCCAGAACUCGAUAGGCCGUUAAGUGAAACACAGAAAGCAUCGGAAUAUUUCCACGAAACAGCGGGUAGAAACGAUAAAGACAAAUUAAGCAAGCUGGAUCAGAUAGUUCAGAAUUUGUACAGUACCCAUCGAGUUGGAAACUUCGUGGGAACACUGGCAGCACCGACGCUUCCACCAAUAUCAAGUUUGGGAGAGCCGCCGGACGAGCGGCGCUGGCGCGGCUCGGAGUGCGGCGUGUGCCACAAGCGGCUCAGCAACCAGUACAACCUGCGCGUGCACAUGGAGACGCACGCGGGCCGGCGCCACGCGUGCCGCGCCUGCAGCCACGUGUCGCGCUCGCGGGACGCGCUGCGCAAGCACGUGGCGUACCGGCACGCGGCGCAACACAAGAUGUGACGUCACGCGCGCCUGGACAUGUUUACGUCUCGAUCACAAAGUGGAUAGCAAAGGUGGGAAUCUCCAAACAAACCUCUAUUCCGGUGCCAUGUUUACCAUACUCUCUCAGAGGUUUGCCCAAUGGUUGAAAUGUCUGCUCCGAUCCGAAGUAAUAAAGUAAUAAAUAUUAAUUUUCAACGUAGUUUCAACCGCAAGGUAAGUCUAAUUAAAACCUCGUUCCGAAACUUGUAUAUAUAUCCCGUAUGAUUGUUCAUAGUAGCAAUGCAAAUAUGCCAGGCAGUAGAUUAAUCAUAAUGUGGAAUAGGCGUUCUUGGCUGAAUAUUCUUACUGACGCUUGUUCACAACUCAUUGGCGCUGCGGUAAGUGCUGUGGGUGUAUGAGCACGAUGUAUUGGAUUCGAUAACCUAAGCUAAGCAAUGAGAAAGAAUACCGGUGACUUUUAGUGGUAUAUUAUUUACCAUCUUAGACUGCAUCAUCACUUACCACCAGGUGAGAUUGCAGCCAAGGGCUAAAUUGUAGCGGAAUAAAUAAUAAAUAAAAAGAAACGGCCAAUUUACCUCUCUAAGUUCAAUCUCAAAAUGAAACCCAGAUUGGUGAGUUUCAAAGAUGAUUGUGUUUGUGUUUGAUUAUUGCUUGCAACAACUCGGACAGCGUGACGUGCUCUCCGGCGUGAGAAACGUACACUAUAGAAUAAGUAUUUUAUCUAGUAGCAGCCUUAAUGACGGAGCUAUUAAAUAGUUGUUAAUUUUUUUUAUUUUGGAAAGCUGUAUAUGGACCUAUUGAUGGAAGAAAAGGCCUUAAAGAAUAGGUUGGGAAAAAAAUCUUUUUUACCCCUCGAUGAAUGAACCAAUGAAAAUUUAACAAAUAUUUAAUAGCUUCUUCAUGAAGGCACAUCUAAUGAUAAGGAUUGUCGAUGGGGUUACGUGUAACCCGUGGUAACCCGACUAAUUCAUAAUCCCCCAUAUAAAUAAAUGAGUGUGAAUCGUUGGGAUUUUUCUUUCCCCGUCGAGUCACACCUGGUACUCGUUGGAAGUAUUUUUAAUUACCAUUCCCAUAGUCUGUCCCUUGGGUGUGGGAGAAAUAUUCCCAACGACUCAAGUGUGUCACGAUUGGGUGCGACUCGUUGGGAACUCACCGGAAAAACCUAUUCCCAUAUCACAUCAAAUCAAUAUUAUAUCAAGCUAUAUCAACUAAAUAAAUAUUUCAAGGUCCCAAAUAAAAUCACAAAAUCACUAGAUCAGAUGGCAUGGCGUGCAUCUAAUUUUUUUAAUAAUUUUGACCGUUUUAUCAUAUUCCCACUGGACUGUUUUAUUAAAUGUUUGUUCUGUAACCCGAAUUGUAAAGAUAAUGUAAAAAGUAUUUAAUGUAAGUUAGUUACGCUAUAGUUUAGUAUGUAGGUGCCUUUAAAUCAACUGUUCAAUUUACUUCAUCAAUAAUAAAAGAAAGAAAAAGUAUUCAAUAACUUUUGCGUAGUAAGGAUUAUUUGCUAGUCGUGGUCCAGAAAACGAUUAGAAACACUAUAACGUCAAAGUAAAAUGUAACUUAUGCAUAUUGUUUUAAAGCUCAGAUUCAGCCUGCGUUCUUAGCGGACGGUAAGCUAAAUAAGAAUCAGCAAGUACAGAAUUUGCGACAUUAAAACCAGUAAGGUUAGGUCCAUUUUACUCUGACGAUAGUGUUUCGGCUACGCCUGCGAUCGUCCUAUAUUCUCUAUUGUUUAAACUUGUCUGAUAAGGGUAACAAAAUUUUCUACACUUCUUAAAGUAAAGUAUAAAAAAGUGAUAUAAAAUAAUUUAAAAAAUUAAACUGAUAUUUUCUCUAUGUUUUUAUUACACAACAAAACAAGACAAGUAAGAAAAAAUAACUUUAUUACCAGGUAGAGAUUGCUGUUAACCGAUAAGACCGCCUAUUGUACCUUUUCUUUUUGUUUUUUUUUGUUCUAAUUCUUUGUAUUUGGUGUACCAUAAAGUGUAUAUUGAUAUGAUUUGAUACUUAAAGGUACUGGUCGUAUUAAC